AUGUCUCGCAACCCCCUGCCCGAGCCCGUCCCUGCCGCGCUCGUCGAGGAUGUCGACGUCAAAGACAUCAAGGCCGUAAACGGGAGCGAUAUCGACAUCGUCGUCGACAAUGUUCCAGUCGUCUCCGCAUUCGUAGACCCCGAUCGCGAGCCCGUCGUGACAAGACGCGAACUCUGGUCAUACUACCUUUACUACAACGGUGACAACGGUGUGGGGCCAAAUGGCUACUCCAUGACCCUUUUCCAAUCCCUCGCUACGUCCGCUGGAUGGGAUCCCGUUCGCGGCAAAGGCUCCUCAUGCACGGACGACGGCGCAUCCGGCAGAUGCGUCGUACCGUGGGCAGGUGGAUCUAAGGGAGUCACUAGCGUGGUCCUGGUCGCCAACGGGGCUAGCUUUGCCAUCAUGACCUUGAUCUUCACGACCGUCGGAUCUGCAGCCGACUACGGCGGUUUCGGUCGCUGGGUCCUACUCUUCUUCACCGUCGUAUGCUGGGCAGCUCAGUUUGCCUCCAUGUCCUUGACCAAGCCUUCGCGAUGGGGUGUAGCUAUGGCUCUGUACAUGGUCGGUUUUAUAUCAUACGGGGCAACACUCGUGUUCUACGCCGCAGCCUUCCCCCGGCUUGCGCGCAACACUCCACACGCUCGUGACCUUCGAGAAAAGCACGAAAAGGGCGAGAUAUCUGCGGAAGAGUACGAGCAGGAAGAGUCACUCGAGAAGAACCGGAUCUCCAACAUCUCUACCAUGCAUUCCAACAUAGGGUAUAUCUUCACCCUUUGCCUGAACCUCUCGCUUCUCCUCCCGCUCGCCAACAACCCCAAGGUGGACAACUACGUGAUUGUCCUCACCAACGCAUACUGGGUCCUGCUAGGAGUAUGGUGGUUUGUUUAUCAGCAACCUCGUCCCGGGCCUGCGUUGCCGAAGGGCGAACGUUACACGACAAUCGGCUGGAGACAGAUCUGGGUCGCGCUGAAGCAGUACAAGAAGCUGCCCUACACUUUCAUCUACUUGUUCGCCUUCUUCCUGCUCGCGGACGGCUUGAAUACUACAGGAACGCUUGUCUCAACUUGCCAGAACGAUAAGUUCUCGUUCUCCUUCCUCUACAAUACGUAUCUCGGACUGGCGCAGGCGAUCACCUCGACUGCCAGCACGCUCGGCUUCUGGUACAUUCAACGGUACUGGAAGAUCAGCACGAAGAAAAUGUUUGUCGUGACCAACGUUGUGACGAUCAUGAUACCGUUGUGGGGCAUGAUCGGUAUCUGGACCAACAAGCUUGGAUUCCAUAACGUCUGGGAGUUCUGGGCAUACAAUGUCGUCUUCGGCCUCUUCCAAGCGCCGUACUACGCCUUCUCGCAAACGAUGAUGGCGGAGCUCACCCCGCCCGGCUUCGACAACAUGUUCUUCGGCCUUUUCGGGUUGUCGAACCGCGCUUCGUCUAUGAUCGGACCGAAUGUGAUCCAGGCGAUCAUCGACAACGCGGACGGGAACAGCUGGAUGGGAUUCCCGUUCCUGUUCGCCAUGUGCACUGCGGCGUCGCUCGUGAUUUGGUUCGGCGUCGAUGUGACUAAGGGCCGACGCGACGCGGUAAGGUGGGCGGCAGAGAGGAAGGGGGUGAAGCUUUGA